CGUUGUGGUCUUCGGCAAGGAUAUCGCUUCAACAGCUCUGCCGCGUUGGCAUUGGCUUCUCUUUGGGUUUUUCAAUGCUUUUGCACCAAGUCACCAAUAACGACCAUGGAGGACACCAGUAGCGAUGCACCAACGAGACGACGGCGACCACGCCUAGCCAUUGCUCAAGGCGAUGCAGUUCCUACGUCGGACAGUGACGUGCCAAAGAGAAGAUCCCGACGGAGAAAGAAGCGACGUCCCAAAGAUUUGGACCCUCCAUUUAUUCAGAUUUUUGCCCAAGUGGCGUUGACACUGGGCACCCUGUGCCUGGCUACUUACUACUUGUGGCAUAGCCUAUUCCCCAGUGGCUUGUUUUUCGAAGAAACCUAUGAAGAAGUAGUAGAAGAUGUCUAUGAUGACGAUGUGACGGUUAAUGCACAAUUGAACGAAGAAGCCAUGGAGGCAACAAAUAAUGUGUCACCCACAGCCGCACCGACAAUCCCCACAGCACCACCACUUCCUGUUUGGGAUCUAGGAGAUGCAUCCAAGUACGAUGCCUUUCGUAUUGCCGAAAUGCACGGAUACUCUACACCCGCAUCGGACUCUACCCGAGAAUUUUGGAGCACAGCCGAAAGCCUCCGAAAUCAAUUUGCCGAAUUGUAUGGAGGAGAAAAUGCGGUGCGAGCCAUGAUGGAGCGAGGACUGACCAUGUUUCCUCGGAAAAGCGAAGCACUGAAUGGGAAGCCUCCCAGUGAUCUGGUCAGCACUGCAUGUCGAAUUCGUCGUGCCAAGAAAGAACAAAGACCCUUCAAAUUUACAUUUGGAGGCUACUCGGUAACUGUUGGAAGAGGCAACUAUUUUGGACAGUCCUUUCCAUUUGUCAUGGGCAAAAUUCUGAAAAACCCGUUCCAAGAUCUGGGUGUGGAGUUAUCCGUCAUGAAUGCUGCCAUUGGAGGCUGCCCAAGUUUUCCUUACGGGUUUUGCAAAAAUGAACACUGGGGAGAAGACAGUGACGUGGUGUCUUGGGAUUUUAGUAUGAACGAAGCUGGAGGCGUGGCGGAGGGACUAGAGGCAUACCUACGACACACCAUGACGCUCUCACACCGUCCCAAGCUGAUUGUCAAGGAUACACAAAUGGCUGACAAGAGACGUGAGCUCUUGGGAACAUAUGUGGAAAUGGGUAGCAUUGACGAUCCAGUGGUGUUGCACAGUGAUCCUGCCGUUCGACCAUUUUUGGAUCGCAGGGACAGUUGGCGUCCGAUUGGAUUUCAAAGCUGGAGAAAGUUUGGAUCGCCUCCUGGGGCCCCGGGUCAAGCGCUGCAUCAUCCAGCUGUCAAAGAGCAUGAAAUGCUAGGAUGGAUGUUGGCAAUGCAUUUCCUUAGCGCUCUCGAGCUGGUGGCUGCGGCUCAAGAUGGAAGUACAGAAGAAACUCUACAAUUCACAUGCCCGACGGACGACGAGGAAACCCAGAACCGAUUGACAACCAAUCUGCUGCCUCCUCCCGUCACCGUCAAUGCCGCCACCAUGGAAUCGUGGUCUUCUCUCUUCUACGGGGUACCUAAUAGCCCGGAUGUGGCCGAUGCUGAGUCGGCAAAGGACCAAAUUUGGAAAAUGAACCCAGUACAUUGCCGAACUUCCUAUGACCCCAUCGUGGACAAGGCUGGAAGCCUGACCUCCAUUGUGGUGUCCGGAUCUGCAGGCGAAAACUUGGACCCUAUGCUUCCAAAAGGUCACUUUUUCUACAAUCAAGCCUGGGUUUUGGAUUUGAGCGAAGGGGAGAAGGAGGCCAAACGAAAGCUAGAUCGAUUCGGAGGCCUCGGCUACUUGGACUCCAAAAAAGCGUAUCGAGGAUUGUUCACAUCUGGAACUUUCCGGUUGCUUCUACCGUUUUACUACGACGACAACUCGCAUGGCAACGACAAACCACGUCCAAACGUUGGUGACUCGGCCCGAGAUUGGUAUCAGACAAUUGUGCUGUGCGAAGUGAAUGAGAAGAGAGGUUCGGGUGCUUGUGACGUUGCCAAGGAUAUUACGUUCAAAACGGGAGGUAUCAAUGCAACCAAGGUCGCCAAACUGAAUACUCCGGGGACACUGUAUUUAGGGAAGAAAAUCUGCACAUACAUUGACGUCCCAGAGGAUGCCAAGAUCUCGUCACGCGAAGCAAUGUUGUUGGAAGACCCCCUUCUUCCGGACGACCGGAAGCUUGAGUUGACAGAGGCAGUCAAAUCUGGUCUGGUCGAAGUGGGUCUCUCCUUGGAGCUGCAUGUCCACAAUCACUUUCUCGUGGCCCGGGAAACGGCGUGCUCGAUUUCCCAGGUAGUCUGGGAACAACGCACCCCUGACGGUCCUAGGUUACCCCUGCCAACCAAGAAUCGAGCAGAAGCAAACACGGACAAGUCCAGCAACACCAAAACGGAAGAACUUGACGAGGACGAAGUGGCCAACGCAGCGGCGCAACCAGAACGGAAGCCGCUUGCCGAGUAUCUUGAUCCGGGGGACGAAGAAGAAGACGCUUUAUAAACGAGUGGAAGUGUCUCGAAUGCUCUUCUGUAGUCCUAGCUAGCAAAUACAGUAGCAACAGUUCUAACUAGUUGUAAUUGUAGCCCAAUGUGCCAACGAAACAGCAACAAUUGUUUACAAUUUG